UCACUUCCGCUUAAGUUCACAGUUGAGAAGAAGUAGGGUGCUUAGCCUUCUGGGUAAUGUAGUCUUCAGUGGGAGAAUGGGAACUACCAUAGCAUUUUUUGUAGGGGGAAAUGUUGUUUAAUUAAAAUUCAAAUCUUGGCUCUAAGCAAAAUUUCUAUCUUUACUGGAUGCCCAAUGAAGGAACCAUUAUCCAUCAAUUAGUCAGAGGGGAUGGGGAUACUCUUCGCUAGGUCUUUCCCCCUUAUUCUCGAAUUCCUCCUUCCCCUCCCCUCCCGGGGCCCAGAUGACUGCCUUCCGGCGAGCUCUGCGCAGGCGCGACUCGGCCCGAGGCUCUUCCGGCUGGUCGCUCGCUGGCUCGCAGACUAGCUAGCUCGACUGUAGUUUUCUCUUCAGGAACCGCAAGCUCCCGGGACCGUCUCCCGCCAUGUUCUCUUUCAAUAUGUUUGAUCAUCCCAUCCCCCGCGUGUUCCAGAACCGCUUCUCCACCCAGUACCGGUGUUUCUCUGUGUCCAUGCUUGCAGGACCUAAUGACAGGUCAGAUGUGGAGAAAGGAGGGAAGAUAAUUAUGCCACCCUCGGCCCUGGAUCAACUUAGUCGACUUAAUAUCACCUAUCCCAUGUUGUUCAAACUGACCAAUAAGAACUCAGACAGGAUGACUCACUGUGGCGUGUUGGAGUUUGUGGCAGACGAGGGCAUUUGUUAUCUUCCCCACUGGAUGAUGCAGAAUCUGCUUCUGGAGGAGGGAGGCCUGGUGCAAGUGGAGAGCGUCAACCUGCAGGUGGCGACUUACUCCAAAUUCCAGCCCCAGAGCCCAGAUUUCCUGGAUAUCACCAACCCGAAGGCCGUAUUGGAAAAUGCUUUGAGAAACUUUGCCUGUCUGACUACUGGCGAUGUGAUUGCGAUCAACUACAAUGAAAAAAUCUAUGAGCUUCGAGUGAUGGAGACAAAGCCGGAUAAAGCCGUGUCUAUCAUAGAAUGUGACAUGAAUGUGGACUUUGACGCCCCCCUGGGCUACAAGGAGCCGGAGCGACAGGCUCAGCACGAGGAGACGGCGGACGUGGAAGCCGACCACAGCGGCUACGUGGGAGAGCUCGGAUUCCGGGCCUUCUCCGGUUCUGGGAACAGAUUAGAUGGGAAGAAGAAAGGCAUCGAACCUAGCCCUUCCCCAAUUAAGCCUGGAGACAUUAAAAGAGGAAUUCCUAAUUAUGACUUUAAACUUGGUAAGAUCACUUUCAUUCGAAAUUCACGUCCAAUGGUCAAAAAAGUGGAAGAGGAUGAAGCUGGAGGCCGAUUCAUUGCCUUUUCAGGAGAAGGACAGUCUUUACGCAAAAAAGGAAGAAAACCUUGAAUUUGGGCCCUGGCUAAUUAGAAAAUAAAAUAAUCUAUUGCAACCUCUUGGCUUUAGUUAAUGGAUUUGUCAGGGACAGAAGAUGAUCAGCAGAGGAUACUUCAUGACCUGCCCUUCAUUUCAUUUAGCGUUUCGUAAGAAAUCCCUCCUCUGCCUGGCCCGGGAAACUUCAGGACUUGGUGGUCGUGUGCUUGAUUUGGGAAAAGACCACAGGACUGGACUGUCUCCACAGCACCAAGGCCACAGGCAAACGGCUGGGGGCUCUCCGCUGGCUCGUUCUGGGCCAUGGGUCCUUUCUCUUUGACUCGCUUGUCAGAAAGGACAGCAUGGUCCACACCGGGAGGAUCCAGGUAUCCUCUCUUGAUUGGUUCUUUAUUUCCUCCUAAAAAUGUCAUGUGAUUGACUCCAUGCCGUUGCCCACAGUGGUCACCCUUAGAGACACACUCAAGUUAAAGGCUUUGCUCGUGGUGUUUUCUGUUGACACGGCCAAGCCACAAAUCCCGCAGAAAGCAGCUAAUAAUUGGCAAAUCCAUAAUUGUUGAGACUGACGGUGGCACUCGUCGUGUCCCCUUAAUAAACUUGUUCUGUAGCGCCUGCCUCCAUGCUUGUAAAGCCUUGAGAACCCACACGUCGGAGAUGGCCCCCCGGGCCCCGUCAUCACGACCGGCUCGGCCUCGUCGGCGUGACGCAAACAUUCUGGACACCACCCGAUUCUAGAUCCUCCAGUUCUGCUCUUGAUUUAACCCUGGUUUGUCUGGACAUGGCUCUUGAGCUUUUUUUUGCCUUUUUUUUUUAAUGUAAUGUUUUUCCCCAAUUACAUGUAAAAACAAUUUUAACAUUCUAUUUUUUCUCAAAUUUGGGAUUCAAAAUUCUCCCCCUCCCACCCCCUUCAUAGAGAAGCAAGUAAUUUGACACAGGUCAUAGGUGAGCAGUACUCAUUUGCACAUAGGGUUAAAUAGACAAUAAAGGACGUUACCUUAGCAUCGGA